AUGGCGAAUGACAAAAGUGUUGAAGCCCUCAAAGGCACUUGGGAUCAUGUUAAUGAUGAAAACAUGGAUGCAUUUAUGAAAGAGAUUGGUAUUGGAGCAGCUAUGCGUAUGAUGGCCAAAGGUAUUAAACCUCGCAUUGUCAUCAGUGAAAAUAAUGGUAAGUGGACAUUGAGAUUAGAGAACACAUUCAAAAACAUAACGCUCGAGUUUACUCCCAAUGUUGAAUUUGAUGAAACAACGCCUGAUGGACGUGAAGUCACGACAAUCAUUCGAUUCAAAGAUGGUACGUGGGAACAUACAACUCAUGACAAGCAUGGAAAAGAAUGGAUCGCAACUCGUUAUGUAAAUGAUGAAGGUCAACAACAGAUUGAUAUGAAGUGUGGUUCAGUGACAGCUCAUCGUUGGUUCAAACGCAUCGACUAG